AUGCCUCAGAUAAUAGCCGAUGUUAUCUUCCUUCACGAUCGCGGAAAAUACCAGACAUUAUACUUUGCCAUCUAUUUUGGGUCCCUCUCGAUUGGUCCUGUAAUAGCGGGCAGCAUGGCAGAGCGAUUCGGAUGGAGAUCCUUCUGGUGGUUCAACACUGGACUACUCAUCCUCACCCUCGUCCUCAACAUCGCGCUACUACCGGAGACACGAUUUGCCCGAAAAACACAGCCCAGGCCAACGUCUGCAUCUUCUCCUUCCGUCGAGGAACCCGAGACCAAGAGCAGCUCUGUUGUCGAUCACUCCGAGAAUGCGUCUCAGCAGCCACAGGACCCAUGGCUGUCGCGUGGACACCCUUCCGUAAAGCAAUUCCGUCCAUGGGGGUCAUACCAGGGGAGUCUCUUGCAAGAAUUAUGGCUUCCGUGGUAUCUUCAUGCCUUUCCCAUUGUCGAGUUUGCUGCCUUCGUUGUCUCCUUCUCGGCUUCUGGCUUCCUAGUAGCCAACUUGACUCAGCAGCAAUACUUUGGCGCACCUCCUUACAACUUUACGACCCAAGAAGUAGGAUUUACUAAUUUCGCCAUUUUUGCGGGCAGCAUGAUUGGACUGUUGACAUCCGGACCAUUGUCUGACUGGAUUGCGAAUUACUUCACCAAGCGAAACAGGGGCAUUCGGGAGCCAGAGAUGAGGCUAAUCACCAUGCUCCCUUAUACCUUGGCCAUGAUCAUUGGGCUUGUUGUGGUUGCCGUGGGCUAUACCCGGCUGUGGCCUUGGAAAGUUAUUGUCAUCAUUGGUUACACCUUGCUGGGCAUGCAAGUGACGAGCCUGCCGAGUAUUGCGUCGACAUACGCGGUUGACAGCUACAAACCAGCCACGGGGGCCAUUUUUAUUGCAAUCACAAUCAACAAGAACCUAUGGGGCUAUGGCGUUGGCAAGUUCAUCACGCCGUGGACGUUGGAGGCAGGGUAUCUCGUGCCGAUCAUGACACUCAUGGCACUGAUCACAUUCUUUUGCAGUUUUGGUAUUCUGUUCUGGUACUGUGGAAAGUACUUUAGGGGCCUUACGAGGAAUUCAUUCCUGCAUCAACUGGAUAGCUGA